AUGCCCAAAAGGAAAUCUAAUUGUAGACGUGAGAAUAGUAGUUCUGCAAAUUUGGAACAAUCCAGUCAACGGAAUCCAGUUGCACAAGGGUCCAUUGAGUAUGACGAACGUGGAGAAUUCAUCAAUGCUAAUAUUAUACCAAAUGCUGAAGAUUCUGGUGAAUCUGAUUCAGAUAUUUCAAUAAAUGGAAAUUCUGAUGAUUCUUCAGAAGACGAUUCAGGCUCGGAGCAAGUUGAUGAUUCCACGACGACGUUUAUUGUCAAUUCUUACGAUGAUGUUUACAAAAGUUACAGUGGUUCACAAAAGAAAUUAGAGAAUGAUCACCAGUACGAAUGGCUCAAUAGAGAGCAUAAUCAUAAUAGAACUUUCACAAAUGAGAUAUUCCUCAAAAAUUCGGAUAAAGAAAGCAUAUUGAAAAGUACUCCAACAAAUUUAUUUGAAUGCUUCUUCACUCUCGAAAUGAAGGAUCACAUCAUUGAAUGUACAAAAAUAAAUGGCUGUGAAAUGUCAAGGACUGAACUUGAUGUAUUCAUUGGUAUUAUUAUAUUUACUACAUACAUUAAAAGACUAUCUCAGAGAGAUUACUGGUCUACGGACUCACAUUUGAGAGCUGAACCGGUAGUAUCCGCAAUGUCCCGUAAAAGAUUUGAACAGAUCAAGUCAAAAAUCAAAUUUCAUAAGCUUGAAGAGAGAAAUAAUACUGAUAGGAUCUAUCGCGUCAGAAAAUUGACAGAUAUAUUUAGAAAAAAUUUGAUGCGUUAUGGUAUUUUUUCAACAGUAUUGUCAAUAUACGAAAUGAUGCUAAAGUUUUAUGGAAGAACAGUUUUGAGACAAUUCAUAAAAGGUAGGCCCGUGAGGUUCGGAAUCAAAAUGUGGGCCCUCUGCUGUGCCAAUGGCUAUCUUUUUGAUUUUGAAAUUUACUGUGGGAAAAAUUCUGAUACGGAUGGGGUAUUAUCAAAAUGUACUCUAGGUAAUCGUGUGGUUGUCAAUAUGCUGCAAGUAGUUUUCAGUACCGUAACUCUUCGUAACAGAGAUCAAUUGCACAUUUACUUCGAUAAUUUGUUCACUAGCCCAGAUUUACUUAUCCAUUUGAAAAAAUAUGGGUUGUGUGCUACUGGUACAGUUAGAGAAAAUAGAGUCUGUGUCAAAAAUAGUAUCCAAAAGAAAGACGAUCGAGGAAAAUAUGAGGUAAAACAUGAUCAGAAUAGUGGUUUGAAUUUCUUGACCGUAAUGGACUCGAAACCAGUCUCUAUUUUAUCAACUGCAGCUGGAGCAACACCACUAAGCCCUGUUCUACGUCGCCAAAAAGGUCAAAAAGAAAAGAGAGAACUUGACUUCCCAAGAGCUUUUUUGAUUUAUAAUAAAUUCAUGGGUGGAGUUGAUCUACGUACAUGA